CUUGUUGAACGACUUGAAUGAAACUCUCCAGGUAGGAACAUACGUUCUCAUCAUGCUAUCAUGUGCUACAUUACAAGACUUAUAUUUUAAUUUACAGGUUUUUCAUAAACUCGAGGAUUCAUUUGACGUAUUAUUUCUGGUUAUUCACUGACGAAGAACAAAGACAGACAAAGAAAUUUGUAAACCGUGAAAUGAUAUUUAACAUCUUUGAGUUUUCUUUUAUUUCGAAAGGUUAUUUGAAGAGUAUGACGUAAGCAAAUUUAGAAGGAUUGGAUCAAAGUUUUCACGGAAUAGAAAUCAGACCUGUACAGAUUCUCGAUAGUUUCAGAAAUCGCUUACAGAUUUUGAUGGUAUGAUUGCCUUUCUAGUUAUGUGAAUAGGAAGGAAAUUAUAGAAAAAGUUAGACCUCCAUGCUAUUUGCAUACCAAUUUUUCGAUACAGCCACGGGACAUUUAUUUUAUCUUGGAUAUUCUACAAGCAUUAAUUAACAGUUAAUGAUGUGCUAGGGUGCCUGGAAAUGUAGCAAAUACUAAUAAAUAUUCUGCUCGUUGUCAAAGUCUAUCCAACGGACAAUUUUAAUACGUCGACGGAUUUGUAUGCCUUUUCAAGAUUGCUAAGAAAGAUGGACUUAUAAGCCAAAAAUAACGGACUGACUUUGGCGAUUGUUUCAGUAAACAGAAUGUCUCAAAAACGGUUUACCGGGGCUCGAAUUGUGUUACUAGGGGCCAGCGGGGUCGGAAAAACAGCUUUUGCUGUGCGAUACAUUACUAAGAGGUUUAUUGGAGAUUAUGACAGGGAUAAAGAGAUGGUUUACACACGUCAUCUUCCUACGCCAAGAGAUGGAAUUACCCUGGAUAUCCUUGACACCGGAGCACGGCUUUCCUCGGAAACAAUCGAAAAGCACACCAAAUGGGGUGAUGGCUAUAUUCUCAUCUACUCUCUCACAGAUCGUGCAAGUUUGACUUACUUAUCAGAGGUCAAGGACAUCAUUACAAAAGUCAAAGGUCGCGACUGUCCUUUGACUUUGGUGGGAAACAAAAGUGACCUAAUUUCUGCACGUGAAGUAAAUGAUGAGGAAUCAAGUGAUUUUGGACAGAAAUUUAAUUGCCCUAAAUUUGAAAUAUCCGUUGCAGAGACCAGUCAAGGGGUGCUGGAAGUUAUGGAUGAAAUAAUGUGUCAAAUCAAGCGUGACUUUGUGAAAAAUAUGAAUAUUUCUAAUCAACUGGCAAUAGCUGAUAAUAAGCCCCGCUCAAAACUUUACAGCAUGAAGAAAGCAUUUAAGAAAAGAAUAAAUCGUAGCCAUAGCGAUACAUUUUAGUGAAGGCAUACACACACCAUUUAAUGACAAAUCACUUGAAUAAGUAUUAUAACGGUUUGAUGACAUACGUGUUUAUAAGAUAUUGUAUCUGCAUAAUCAUAUAUAAUAUACGCUCGUUCAUCUGUUUAUAAGUGCAACCACUGCUUCGAUUACAAAAACAAUCAACACUUUUAAACUGUUUGAAAUAUAACCAUUCGUUUUCAUGCAAUUUUGUGUUCUAUAUGGCAAUUGCAACUUGUAUCGAAGCACAUUUUUGACGACAUUUUUGUUGUUGUUUACUUUCCUUUUUUCACAGAUUUGUUGCUAUUUGUCUGUCAAUACAUUUUGCACAAGUUUCAUAUAAACAGUUUCUUCGACAUUCGAAAUUCGAUGUACAGAAUGCUGACGAUUCCGACGACGUCGAUGACAACAACGUUGAUGAUGAUGAUAGUAAUGAUGAUUAUGU